AGCGCUCACUCUGCCGUCCUUUACCCCGGGCUGUAGUAACAGAGAAGGGUAGAAACGUGGAGGGCGGGCCCUGACUGCAUUCGCCUUGUUAUGUAUUCCCGUGAUCGCAUCGCCAUCUUGUUGCAAUCCCUCCUUUACGUGUGAGAGAGCAUUUAUCCAAGGAAUAUAUUUUUACUAUUUUUCUUUCCGACGAGAGGAAGAGAGGAAAAAACAAAGUGCGCGUUCGGGUCAGCUGCGCUCCAGACAGUGCUCCCCGGGGGACCUCGGCUGCGCUUUUUUCUUCUGUCCGCUGCGCUUUUUUUCUUCUGUCCGGGGCGAUCGGGUAGCCUACGGUGAGGGGCGCGCGAUGAGCAUCGAUACUCUUCUGGAAGCGGCCAGAUAUCUGGAAUGGCAAGCCCAGCAACAACAGAUCGCACAUGAGGAGGAGCGUCGCAGAGAGGAGGCGGAGUCCAGACGAGCAGAGGUUGUGACCUGUUCGGACCAGCCAGUCAGAUUCAACCAUGUCACCUGGGGGUCAUCACAGCAUUGGCCUGAGUCAUCACAGCAUUGUCAGCACCAGCACCUCUCUCCCUCCUCUCACCCUCCUUCCCUCUCCCUCCCUCCUCCCCCCAUCUCCAUCGCUGUCAUCCCCAUGGUACCCGUUGUCACAGCUACGCCCUCUGUACCGCCCCUUCCCGUCAUCACGACGAUCACUGCCGCGGCAACCUCGCUCCACCUCGGAGGCUCCCAGGUGAUGAAGGGAGGCUCCUCCCCUACUCAGCAGCAGCCAAUCCAGCACCAGAUGGCAGCCCAGGUGAAGGCGGAGCCUAACUUGAUGACGCCACAGAUGGGCGGAAGCCCUAGCCAAUCCCAACCUCCAAUUCAGAUUCCGUACCCGACCUCCAUCAUCACCACCGCCGCCGCUUCCCAACAUGCACUCCUUCCGCAGCAAGCCAUGCCCACGCAGCCACGCCCAAACGGAACCAUCAUGGACGACCUGAGAGGGUUGGACGGGAAGAGACGACCUGGAGGAGCUGGAACCAGAGAGGUGCACAACAAACUGGAGAAGAACAGAAGAGCUCACCUGAAGGAUUGUUUCGAUACGCUGAAGAAGAACGUUCCAAACGUAGAUGAGAAGAAGACCUCCAACCUCAGUGUUCUACGCAGCGCCCUGCGAUACAUACAGACUCUGAAGCGUAAGGAGAAGGAGUACGAACACGAGAUGGAGCGUCUAGCGAGAGAGAAGAUCUCCACGCAGCAGAGACUGGCUGAGCUGAAGAACGAGCUGAGUCAGUGUAUGGACGUUAUGGAGAUUGACAAGGUCCUCAGACAGACUGUACAACCAGAGGACGACCAGGCUUCGACUUCUACUGCCUCAGAAGGGGAAGACAACUUUGACCAGGACAUUGAUGAAGACCUCUCCCCUCCUCCUCCACCCUUCUCCCUCCCCAAACCCCCUCCCCCCAUCCUACAGGCCCAAUCACUCCUCACUCCUCACCUGUCCAUCACACACAAGACCCUGUCCUCUGGGAUUCUGACCAGCCCCUCGGGCCCCCCUCCCCCCCAGGCCAUCGCCCCUGCCCCCCCUCCUCACCCCCAUCCAACCAUCCAAGUCUCCCCCAAAGUCAUCGCCCACGCCGCCGUCUCCCACCCCUCCGUCAUCCAGGCUGUCAAUCACAUCCUCCCGGCCAAUCACAAACACCUCACGCACAUCGCUCCCUCCCCCGGUCCUGUCUCCUCUAUCCCGCAGCCAAUCACAGCAGCCGCCGCCGCUGCCCACCAGACAAUCACGGCCCAGCCCAUUGGACACAUCACCGUCCACCCUGUGGCCCACCUGGGAGGUCCCCUGCCCCCCCACAUGUACCCCCAGGGGUUGACAGUCUCCCAGCCCACAGUGUUGGGGCACAUCACCCACACCUUCACCCACCACACCCUUCCCCACUCCCAGGGCAACCUCCACCACGUCCAGGCUAGCCAUGCUACCGCUAACGUGCCCCAGGUCAAUGGGGCGGCAGUGCCUGGCCAGGGUGGCUCGUCCCUGGGGAAGCCCACAACCAUGCUGGCCCACCACCAUCACCACCACCCACAGCUGGUGGGACAAACCACCGUCCUCAACCCAGUCACCAUGGUGACCGUACCACCCUUCCCUGUUAGCACACUCAAACUGGCCUGAGAGAGGGAGAGGGAGGGAUGGAAGAAACAGGGUGGGGAGGGUGCGAGAGAGCGAGUCGGUGCGAGAGAGCGAGUCGGUGCAAGA